UUGAGACUUGCGGAGGGUCAUGCAGCUCUAGCUCGAAGUAAGUCUGCUGUUAACAUCGGGGCUAAACUGUUAUCUGACCUUCGUGUGCAAUGGCACUCCACUUGAAAGACAAAGAAGCUUUCCAAAGACUGAACUACCUUUACCAGGCUGCACACUGUGUUUUAGCUCAAAAUCCCGAAAAUGUGGAGCUGGCUCGUUUCUACAGCUUCACACAGAAGACAAUUGCAAAACGUCUUGUUCUCAGACAAGAUCCAUCAGUGAAGAGAACAUUGUGCAAGAGGUGCUGCUCGUUGCUCAUCCCGGGUGUAACUGCUACAACAAGACAAAGAAGAAAAAACAGAAAGACUCGCUUUACUGUGGUGAGAUGUCUCAGUUGUGGACAGAGGAAGACCUUACUGAACAAUCCAGACUACUGUUUAUGGGCAGACCGACCUCAGGCUCAGCUGGAGCAGCAAAAGCAGAAAGAUUCAAGCACUUCUGCUAAAAAUCAGCCAAAAGACACAAAGCAUGAUGGGUCACAGAUGCCGAAACCCAGUUCUGCUCAGGGUACAACCAGCACAUAACAGCAGUGGUUUCCCUCUACUUACUCAACAUAGAAAAGACUGUAAUUGAUUUAAAAAAAAAAAAAAAAACAU